AUGGGAAAAUCAAGUGCAUCAUGCUUCAAGAUCAUCAGCUGCGCAGGCGAAUCUGUGGACCAUGAUGAACUCCAAAGUCCCGAGGGAAAGGGUUCGAGUGAUCGGCGUAGAUGGAGCUUCCGUAAGAGAUCCGCCCGGCAUCGGGUUUUGAGCAACAGUGUUGGUUCAGAAGUACCUUCAUCUGUGAAUAAAGAGAAUCCAGAAUCUCCAGCUGUCAACUUUUCACUGCAUCCCGACUCGUCUGUACCCGGGAAGCCCCUGGUUAUUCAGUUGACUGAAGAAACAACAGAGUUGACCCAUCAACUGGACUCAAAGUUAUCAGAGAACCUUUCUGCGAUUGAAGAUGACUGCAAAAAAGAUACAACCACCUUUGAUGAGCCAAGUGUUGUAAUAAUCCAGGCUGCCAUUAGGAGGCUGCUGGCUCAGCAAGUGGUACUAAAGCAAAAGAACGUAAUUAAGCUGCAAGCUGCUGUGAGAGGACAUUUAGUCAGGAGGCAUGCAGUUGGAACUCUUCGGUGUGUUCAGGCCAUCAUUAAGAUGCAAGCUCUUGUCAGAGCACGACUUGCUGGUCGGCUUGCUAAUAAUGAUCCAACUCUCUUGGGGAAGAAGGAAGCAGCCAAACCAAACACUACACACACUUAUGUUUCCAUCGAGAAGCUACUCACAAAUGCUUUCGCACGUCAGCUUAUUGAGUCAACACCGAGGGAAAAACCCAUUAACAUCAAGUGUGACCCUUUGAGAUCUGACUCCGCCUGGAAAUGGUUUGAAAGAUGGAUGUCUGCCUCAUCAGUGAGCAGUGGCACAGAGUCACCUGAAUCCAUAUCAACCGAGGAUGAUCUGCCUGAGGAGAAUCUUGGGCUUUCUGAUGGCCAAGAAGACAUUUUAAUUCUUAGGGAUUCUCAUGCUGAAUUCAAAGACAUGAAAUCUAAUUUGGCUGCAUCGGCUGAAAAUAAUCUGAUCAGUUGUGACUCAACCAACUUGGAUCUACACUCGACCAAAUCCAUAUCAUCUUCAUCCAACCUCUCUGAUCUGCAGGAAGUCGUUCAACUUUACUCAACAACUGAAGCUACAGAAUCUGCUCCUGUCGAGACGAAAGGGACGGAUUUCAUUGAGGUGGUUGAGGCGAAAUCUCUUCCCCAAAAGGACGAAAAAAUAGAAGACGAUCAGACUGAAUCCGAGUCGAAAAGUCUGUCGAGGAAAGCGAGCAAUCCUGCUUUUGUUGCGGCACAAACGAAAUUCGAAGAACUGACUUCUGCAAAAUUAGACCCUUCGGUCGAGACUGUUCAUGAGAACGAGAAGGUUUCUUCUCUCUCUACUGAUCGAUCAUUCAAAUCUACAGGCAAUGAGUUACCUGACAACACCACCGUAUCUGCUGCGACAUCAGCAUUCCUGAUUGGCUCUGAAUGUGGGACCGAACUAUCCAUUUCUUCUACCCUCGACUCACCCGACAGGUCAGAGGCCGGGCCCAACGAGAUCGAACAGGAAACAAAAGUGACUAACCAUUUUAUAACCGAAGAGAAUUUAGAAACCGAAGCUAAUGAUGAUAAAAUGCCAGCCACAAUGGAAGCCGACUUAUCAUGUACCAACACAAAUGGUUCAAUGAUACACGAAAGCGCCAACUCAGCUGCUGUAGAGUCCCUUGAUUCCACCAAUGUUGAAGACUAUCUGAGUGUAGAGAAAAAGCAAGAAGAAGUUAAGCCGAGUGACCUACAGCUGGAGGUCGAAUCUGAAGCUUCUCCAAGGAGCCAAAUAACUGUCCCCGAUUUCCAAGCAACUCCUGGUAGCCAGGUGUCGUCUGUCAAACCCAAGAAAAACAAGGGUAAGAAAAGUGAUUCCUCCAGUCGUAAGAGCAAGUCCUCAUCACUUGAUAAGAACCAUAACCAAGAUUCUGGUUCGAGAAUCGGUUUGGAGCAGCUAAAGGAGACUAAAUCUGGAAAGAGGCGAGACUCGUUCGGCUCGGGUGGUAAGCCUGACCACAAGGAGCAGGAGCCGAGAGAUAGUAGCAGUAGUCACUCUCUCCCGAGUUACAUGCAGGCAACUGAGUCUGCAAGGGCCAAGGCUAUUGUGAAUGGGUCUCCAAGAUCAAGCCCAGACGUGCACGACAAGGAUAUUUACGGAAAAAAGAGGCAUUCUUUACCCGGUACGAACGAGAGGCAAGGAUCUCCUCGGAUUCAAAGGUCUCUGUCUCAGGCACAACAGAACACAAAGGGAACUGCAACACAUUCUCCUCAAGACCGAAAAUGGCGAAGGUGA